AUGUCGGGCCAGUACGACAAGCUCGUCAAAGGAGCGACCAAGCCAAAGCAUGCACCUCCAAAACCUAAAUACACAGACCCGCUCAUCGCUGCCACUUUCUCUGGUGGGGCCUAUGGCUUCGAGGAGAUUGCCCGACUGCUGUCGGUCCGGCUGCGAGAUCCUAAUUCCUCGGUUGUCUUCAAGACGCUGAUAGUGAUCCAUACGUUCCUCAUUGCCGGCAAUCAGUCGGCUGUUCUCGACGUCCUAUCCAGGAAUAAUGUUCUCGGGUUGGAUCAGGUCACACGAGGAAUCGACUCGCCACAGAACUUGACCCAUUACUCCUCAUACCUCGAGCGAAGGCUCAAAACGUACAAUGCGCUCAAGUACGACAUGAUCAGGGACAAAGCAGAGAAACGGGGCGCCUGUAACCGACUGAGAACGCUCACCGUCGACAAAGGGUUGCUCAGGGAGACCAGCCUCCUACAGAAAGUGAUGGACUCGCUGACUGACUGCAAGUUCUAUCUUGACGAUACGGGCGACGACGUGACGAUGACUGCGCUCAGGCUACUCGUCAAGGAUCUGCUCAACAUGUUCCAAGCCGUCAACGAGGGCGUCAUCAAUGUCUUAGAGCACUACUUUGAGAUGUCAAAAUCUGACGCCGAGACGGCACUCAAGAUUUAUACCCGCUUCUGCGCCCAGACCGAGAAAGUUGUGACCUAUCUCAGCGUAGCCAAAAAGCUUGCCAAUAUCCUACUGAUAUCUGUCCCCAACUUACGACAUGCGCCGGUCUCGCUCGCCGGCUCGCUGAAGGAAUACCUAGAAGAUCCAAACUUUGAACAGAACCGCACAGAAUAUAGACAGAGCAAACAGGUCUCAGACGGCGUGCCUGCUCGAUCUAUGUCCACGACCACAUCGACAAAGACAGCGACAACAAGUACCGCGACCAGCAAAGCUGCCGCUGCACCUGCGCCCACCGCGACGAGCUCGGCGCCGAAGCCGGCUGGCAAUCAAGCCAUCGCCGAUUUCUUCGAGUCGAUAGAAUCUGAACAGCAGACGCUUUUCGGUGGUGUCGCCGGACCAUCUCAGCCUAUAUACCCUCAGCAGACAGGCUAUAAUCCUUUCAUGGCAAAUCAGGCUGGAUUCGUGCAGCCCCAGCAGACCGGCUACGCGCCGUUUCAACCUCAGCAGACUGCUAUGCCCUGGCAGCAGCCUCAACAGAUGCCAUUUGCGCCUCAACAAACAGGUUACAUGCAGCAGCCUAUGGGCAAUGGGUUUAUGCAGCCUCAGAUCACGGGCUAUAAUCCUUUCAGGCAAAGUAUAGCGCCUCAACCGACUGGAUAUAAUCCCUUUUUGCAAAUGCAACAGCAACAGCCGCUUCAGGAUCCCAACUUGUCAGCACUCCAGCCUCAGACGACAGGAUUCGUACCCAACAGCGUGCCUUUCUUGCCGCCCAAGCGAUCUCAAACAAAUACGCCAAUUCAGCCUGCGGCUGCGCCGGCGAAUGCGCCGGUGAGCAACGGCACAACACAGGCGCCGCUCAAGUAUCAGCCUACUGGUUCUCGCAAUCCCUUUGCACCUCCACCUGGCACCGAACUGCCACAGCCCAAGGCGCCUGCCCAGCCGUCGAUGAAUGCCAUUGCUGCAGACGCCUGGGCCAAAUUUUCGACAGAGCAGGAGCCUAAUCAGUCUACAAGCGAAGCAAAACCGCUGUCCGCGUUCGAUGCAUUUGUCGCGAAGCAAGAAGCGAUGAAGACAGGCCAGGCAGCGGCGCCUCUCGAGUCGCAGAAGACGGGCGGUAUCGGACUAUUUGCCGAUGUUGCUUCUUCGUUCAACCGACCGCAAGCGACGAGCAAUGGAUCUGCCAGCUUUGCUCCUACAAACUUGUCUGCACCUGUACAGCAGCAGCCAGCAGAGCGGCCUAGCCUGCUCACCGCUCAGCCCACCGGCUAUGGCGGCUCGUCCGUGACGCCGUUCAAGCCUACUUCGAGCUUCGGCACCUCGCUUGCAGAGAGUCUACCUGGCGGGCAAGCUGGCCCAGCGCAGUCGAACGGAAUAGUACCGCAGCAGACGGGUACUUUCAACCCGUUCCGAGCAUCGACGCUCGGCAGCCAGUUGACCGGCGUCAGGCCGUCAUUCGAGCCGAGCUCGUCGUUUGGCGCAGCGCUGAAGCAGCAACAGACUGGCCAGGCUAGCUAUUCGUCAGGACAGCCGCUCAGUCAUGUACCCUCUUCGUUGAUAUGA